AUAAGCACAUGUAACUAUUACUCUGUAUCCCACUAGUGAUUACUUACCAGAAAAAUGGCAAGCCUUUGCCAUAUCCCCUUCCAAAAACAAAUGUCGAAUUGUCGAACUGUCCAUCCAAUAUUUGGACAAAAGUCUCGACUCUUGAUAAAAAACCUAGCAAAAUCAUUUGUUCCGGCAAAAACGGCCACUGUUGAGGAAAUUCGUAGGGCACAACGGGCGGAGGGGCCGGCCACCGUGUUGGCCAUCGGAACAGCCACUCCUUCCAAUUGUUUUUAUCAAUGUACCUAUCCUGACUAUUUUUUCCGUGUCACUAACAGCGAGCAUAAAACCAAGCUUAAGGAGAAGUUUAAGCGCAUGUGUGAUGGAUCAAUGAUUAAAAAGAGGUAUUUACACUUAACAGAGGAAAUCUUAAAAAAGAAUCCUAAUAUUUGUGAAUACAAAGCAUCUUCCUUUGAUGCUAGGCAAGAAAUUGCGAUUGUUGAAGUACCAAAACUUGGGCAGGAAGCCGCCGAAAAGGCCAUUAAAGAAUGGGGGCAGUCUAAGUCCAAGAUUACUCAUUUGGUGUUUUGCACCACUACUAGUGUGGAGAUUCCUGGCGCUGACUAUCAACUUACUAAGCUUCUUGGACUUGAUCCAUCAGUCAAGCGACUCAUGAUGUAUCAACAAGGUUGUUUUGGUGGUGGCUCUUCUCUACGAUUAGCCAAGGAUUUGGCCGAGAAUAACAAGGGUGCUCGCGUCCUUGUUGUUUGCUCAGAAAUCACUGUGCUCAGCUUUCAUGCCCCAAGUGACACCGAGUUAGAUGUUUUGGUUGGGCAAGCUCUCUUCAGUGAUGGUGCAUCAGCUGUCAUUGUUGGUUCAGAUCCAAUCCUAACUGUGGAAAGGCCUUUGUUUGAGAUUGUAUUCGCAACUCAAACUCUUCUCCCAGAUAGUGGACAUGCAAUCUAUGGUAACCUCUGUGAGUCUGGGCUAGUAGCCCAUAUGCAUAAGGAUGUUCCAAUACUAGUCUCAAAAGACAUUGAGAAGAUCAUAGAGGAAGUAUUCCGGCCUUUGGGCAUUUCAGAUUGGAACUCAAUCUUUUGGGUAGCUCAUGCGGGUGGACGUGCAAUUUUGGAUCAAAUUGAAGUAAAGUUGGGCCUAAAGCCUGAAAAACUCAGGGCUGCAAGGCAUGUCAUGAGUGAAUAUGGGAACAUGGGCAGUGCUUGUGUUCUGUUUGUUUUGGAUGAGAUGAGGAAAGCCUCUAUCAAGGAAGGGUUAGGUACCACUGGUGAAGGGCUGGAGUGGGGCGCGCUUUGUGGUUUUGGACCUGGACUAACAAUUGAGACAAUUGUCCUUCACAGUAUCUCUAUUUAAAUCUCAUGCGCGCACUAUUCUGACAAAAGAAUGGCCUCUCCUGACUGAAUCUGCUGCUGCAUCUGGCUUUCCACAAAUGCCAACAUAUCAUGCUCGGCGUCAUGGUAAACAUAAACUCUUCUAGGAGGCUAAGUGAAAAAAAUUUGCAAAGUAUUUCUCUAACUGAUGAAUCAAAGUUUAGGAGGAUGACAAAUAGAGAUCAAAUGCAUUAAUGGGAGGGCUGAUAAAACAUGCUGUAUCAAAGUAGCUUUCCCACUUGUUGACAGUAAAUAACUUUGCCAUAAUCCUAACUUCUGAAUCACUUUAGUCACCAUAUUAGUUUAAUAUUAAUGUUUUUUUAUUUCUCCUGAUAAAUAUAUGCACUCCAAGAUACUGAAAUGACAAAUUUUUCCUCUUGAAAUACAAAUAUUCAUCCAUUUUAUUCA